AUGUUCGUCAUCAUCUUUGCAAGUGACAAUGAUGUCAUCCAGCUGGCUGUAAACACUGAUUUUCCUGGAAACGAUAUCAAGUCUGUCCUUGCUCCAGAUGUCCAGUAUUGUCAAAAAUUAUGCACUGAGCAUGAAAAUUGUCAGUUCUUCACCUAUUUGACAAGAAAUUGGAACACUGACGAACAAAGAUUUUAUUGUUAUCUUAAAAACAACGCAGAAGGGGAACCAUCAACUAUAACAGAGUUGCAGAAUGCUGUCGCAGGCUAUUCCCUGAAAAAAUGCAAGGCAUAUGACCCUUGUUUUAAAGACCUGUUUGUCAGCCUGGAUUUCCUAGGAGAUGACUUCCGUCAAUUUGUAGUAGACGAUGAAUACAGCUGCCAAAGAGAAUGUACAGAGGAGCCUGACUGUCAGUACUUCACCUUUGCAAACGGGUUAUUUCGCAACGCUCGGCAGCGUUAUAUUUGCUACCUCAAAAAGAGUGAACGAGGAACACCAUCUAAGAUAACAACUCUUGAGAACCUUGUAUCUGGACUUCCUUUAAGGGAAUGUGCAUUCAAGAAGUCAGUUUCAGAAUGUAGAAGAGAUCUUUCUGAAGACAUAGAUUUUCCUGGAAAUGAUAUCACCUGGGUCCUUGCACCUGAUGCAAAUGUCUGUCAACAGCUGUGCACUGAUCAUCCCCAAUGCUUAUUCUUCACAUUUUUGAAGAAAGAAUGGAGCACAGACCAUAGAAGAUUUUACUGUUACCUAAAGCAAACUGCAACUGGAGUAGUAUCAAGGACAACAAAGUUGCAAAACGUUGUAAGUGGAUUUUCCCUCAAACAGUGCACGAAUCUGAUCAGUCCUUGUUUUAAAGACCUGUUUGUCGGCCUGGAUUUCCCAGGAGAUGACUUCCGUCAGUUUGUAGUAGACGAUGAAUACAGCUGCCAAAGAGAAUGUACAGAGGAGCCUGACUGUCAGUACUUCACCUUUGCAAACGGGUUAUAUCGCAACGCUCGGCAGCGAUUUUACUGUUACCUAAAGCAAACUGCAACUGGAACAGUCUCAAGGACAACAAAGCUACUUAAUGUUGUCAGUGGGUUUUCCCUUAAACAGUGCAAGAAUCUGAAGAGUUCUUGCCAUGGAAACAUUUUUGAUGGCCUUGACUUUCCGGGGGAUGACUUCCAUCAGUCUGUAGUUGAGGAUGAACACAGUUGCCAGCGUAAAUGUACCGAGGAGCCUCGCUGUCAGUCUUUCACCUUUGUGAAAAAGGAGUUUCACAAUGAAGUACAGCGCUACAUUUGUUACCUUAAAAACAAUGGAAAAGGAACUCCAUCAAGAAUAACAGUUCUUUCGGAUGUUAUGUCGGGAUUCUCUUUAAGGAAUUGUGAGUUCAAUAACACAGGAUGUGUCCAUGAGCUGGCUGCGAACAUUGAUUUUCCUGGAAACGAUAUUGAGUCUGUUCUCGCCCCAGAUGUUAACUAUUGCCAAAAAUUGUGUACUGAGCAUAAAAAUUGUCAGUUUUUUACCUACUUGACAAGGGAUUGGAACACUGACCAAAGAAGAUAUUAUUGUUAUCUUAAAAUGAACAAAAAAGGGGACCCAACCCUUAAAACAGAGUUGCAGGAUGUUAUCUCAGGGUAUUCUUUGAAACCGUGCAACAUGUAUAACUCAUGUUUUGAAGACCUGUUUGUCGGCCUGGAUUUCCGAGGAGAUGACUUCCGUCAAUUUGUAGUAGACGAUGAAUAUAGCUGCCGAAGAGAAUGUACAGAGGAGCCUGACUGCCAGUACUUCACCUUUGCAAACGGGUUAUAUCGUAACACUCGGCAGCGUUAUAUUUGCUACCUCAAAAAGAGCAAGCGAGGAACACCAUCAACCAUAGCAACUCUUGAGAACGUUGUAUCUGGAUUUCCAUUAAGAGAAUGUGCGUUCAAUACUUUAGUUUCAGAAUGUAGAGGUGAUCUUUCUGAAGACGUAGAUUUCCCUGGAAAUGAUAUCGCCUGGGUCCUUGCACCUGAUGUGAGCUUCUGUCAAAAAGUAUGCACUUAUCACCCACUUUGUUUGUUCUUCACAUUUCUGAAGAGAGAAUGGAGCACUGACCAUAGGAGAUUUUAUUGUUAUUUAAAGGAGACUGCAUCUGGAAUACCAUCAAGGAUAACACCGUUACAAAACGUUGUGAGUGGGUAUUCCCUCAAAUGGUGCCAAAACCUGAUAAGUUCCUGUGAACCUGAUGCUUAUUAUAACAGAACAUUUGAAGGGAAAGUACUGCAAGUUAAACAAGUUGAGAGUUAUGGCCGCUGUCAGGAAAGUUGCGCAGACCACAGACAGUGCCAAUUUUUUACCUUUGAAGAAACCCACAAUCAGAAAAUGAACAGCUGCUAUUUACAAAAAUCUGAUUCUGGAAUACCAUCCAAAAUAGAUGAAUCUGUUGGAGCAAUCUCUGGCUUUUCUUCGAGGCUCUGUGCUUCGAACAAAAUUUGUAGGCAAGUCAAUCGACCAAGACCCCAUGUUUAUGGUGGACAUGUUUCUCUUCCUGGGGAAUGGCCAUGGCAAAUAUCUCUCCACCUUAACCAAAAGGGUAAAUUCAGACAUUCAUGUGGGGGAUCCAUUAUAUCUGAUCAUUGGAUUAUCACAGCUGCACACUGCUUUGAAAGUUCUGAGAAUCGCAAAAGGUGGAGAAUAUAUGCUGGUAUAACAACUUUGUCUGAUAUUACAAAUGAAACCCCUUUCUACGAAAUUGAAAAGAUAAUUAUUCAUGAAAAUUUCAACAGUGACACAGAAGAUUGCGAUAUUGCUCUCCUCAAACUCAAACAAGCCAUUGUCUUUAAUGAUUAUCAAAUGCCAAUAUGCCUUCCAGCUUCAGAAAAGCAAGUGCCUUCAGGAGGCCAAUGCUGGAUAACAGGUUGGGGAGAAACAAAGACAGACGGUCCUUUAGCAUGCAAACAUGAUGGAAGAUGGUAUUUGGUUGGAAUUACUAGCUGGAGCCAUGGAUGUGCUGAGGAAGGAAAACCUGGAGUAUAUACCCGUUUAUCAAAAUUCCGUGGUUGGGUGUACAGAGAAAUUUCAGAAGUAAGUUUCAAAAGUUUGCAUUCACUGCUGCCUUUUAAUUUUGUUUUGCAAUUCUUCAGUUUUGGCAAAAUAAUUUUGUAAGUUUAAACAUGUGAGGAGAUUUAAUAUAUUUCUUUAAAAUUCCAGCAUCAUCGAUAGAAGGCUGAAAAUCCCAGCUGGAAAUUACCUGGAAUUCUUGGUGAGAAAUAAUUUCCAUUGGAGGAGUUGGGUAUCAUAAAACAUGCCUUGUUUGUUGUAUGCAAGGGAAAAUAGACUUCCAAAAUAUAUUGAUGAUCUGCUUUGUUAUCCUGGAAAUGAUUGAAAGCCUUGAAAAAUAGUUUAAAAAGUUUUUUC